AUGCACGGCACACCCGCAGAGCCUUUCAGUGUAAAGAACUGCAAAGUAGAAGUGGGUGUGCACACUUAUGCACCUUUGGGUUUUUUUUUUCGGAAGGGCCUGCUGUCCGUCCUGCGGAGAUUGAAGCAACCUCAAGACCAGGAGGUGCGCUUGCUUCUGCUCGGUUUGGACAACGCCGGCAAGACCACGUUGCUCAAACAGCUGGCCGCCGAGGAUAUCAGCCACAUCACGCCAACGCAGGGUUUCAACAUCAAGAGCGUCCAGUCGUCUGGCUUCAAACUGAACGUGUGGGAUAUCGGAGGACAGCGGAAGAUUCGCCCUUACUGGAAGAAUUACUUUGAGAACACGCAUGUGUUGAUCUAUGUGAUUGACUGCUCGGACAAAAAGCGGUUUGAAGAGACCAGUUUGGAGCUGGCCGAGCUGCUCGAGGAGGACGAUCUGGCCGGCGUGCCGCUGCUGGUCUUUGCCAACAAACAAGACCUAAGCACCGCCAUGUCGGCCUUUGAGCUGGCCGAGGGGCUUAACCUCCACACGGUCAGAGAUCGAAUGUGGCAAGUCCAAGCCUGCUCUGCCGUUACCGCCGAGGGACUGCAGGAUGGCAUGAACUGGUUAUGCAGGAACAUAAGGUUCCGGAAGAAAUGAAGAUCUCGUGAACGUGAACAUUAUGCAUAGUGUGUUAUGUUUUGUCAAUCACUAAAGUUGUAGACAUGUGGUGUUAACUAAUAUCCCAUUUGAAAACAAAAUGGCUGAACUGUAUAUAAUGUAAAUAUGACCGUGAACUGAAAAGUGUGUACACAACACAAUAGCAAUGAUGACUGCUGGCAGUGAAAGAAAAAAAUAAAUAAUUUGUGUUGUGUAAUAAUCCAAA